AUGGACGUCUUUGUUCAAAGUGCUGCUAUGAAAGUGGACUGGACGCAGCGUCAGAGCGUUGUUGACCGACUACGCCAAUGGAUACGCCAUCGAUUUGUCCCUGCAGUCGGCCUCUCAACCCCUAAUGAAUUAGCGGACUGGGAAAACACAGCUCUUGAACGUCUGGCAAAGCAAAGGAUCAGACAUCUUCUCGAUUAUGUCAAGGCAUGGCCUCAUUCAACUGGAGCAAUACUGGACCUGAAAGAGUGCAUGCACUCAUCAGAUGUCAAGAUUCAGAUUGCGACCUCAUUCACACGCCAGCUAAGUCGUCGUUUAUUACAUGCCGGUGUGACAACAUCAGAGCUACUUAGCAUCUACAUCAAUGUCAUUAUGGCAUUCAAAACGCUAGACCCACGGGGUGUGCUCCUGGACAAGGUGGCUGUACCUUUACGUGCAUACCUAAGACAUCGCGAAGACACUGUAAGAAUCAUCGCAGCCAGUUUCUUAGCAGAUGUCGGUGAGGACGAUGGGUCUCUUGACAAUUCGUCCGAAGAGAUAUGCGUCGACCUUGCUCGAGAAAUUAACCUUUCAGAGGGUCAAGCGCUUCAUGUCGAGCACAAAGGUCUUGAUUGGGAUGAUAUGGAAUGGAUGCCUGAUCCUAUUGAUGCAGGACCUGACUACAAGAAAUCCAAAAGCGAGGAUGUCAUGUCAUUUAUGCUUACUCUCUUCGAGCAAGCUGACUUUAUCAAAGAAGUCCAAUCACUAUUAGGAGAACGAUUACUGAGUGUCGGCUACGAUGAUACCGAACUCGAAAAGGAGAUCCGUCUUGUAGAGCUCUUCAAGACACGGUUCGGUGCUGAUCGUUUACAAUCUUGCGAGGUCAUGCUGCGAGAUAUACAAGACUCGAGACGCAUCAAUAAUACUCUUCGGCCAAAAGACGACUUUCCAACAGCCCAAGAGGUUCAUGCUGCCAUUCCUGAUACCGGAAUCAAAAGUCAGGCACUCAUUGGCAUGUUCAACACACGCGUACCGCGGACUGAUUUGGCUGGUCAUAAAUUUAUUGCCCUGAUCAAAUCUGUGGCCGUCGCUGAGAAGGGUUCAGACAUACUCUAUCCAUCGCCAGACUUACCUAUGUUUGAGUCCAGUGUUGAUACCGAGUUGUCUGCAGCCUUCCAAACACAAAUUCUGUCUUCGUUCUUCUGGCCGAGUCUACGGGAAGAUGAGUUUGCUGUACCAGCACCAAUCUCUACUCUGCAGAAGAACUUCGAGCAAGACUUUGAGCGUAUCAAGAAUCUACGCAAACUGCACUGGCUAUCUGCGCUUGGAAAGGCUACAGUCGAGCUCGAGCUCGAGGAUCGGACGGUCAAGUUUGAAGGUGUUCAGACGUGGCAAGCAAGUGUCAUCUAUGCAUUCCAGGAUGACAGCGAGGAUGCAUCGACUGUCAGUCCGGCGUCAAGAACGGUACAACAGCUGGAAGAGUUACUUCAGAUGGAAGAAGUGCUUGUACGCAACGCGCUCGCAUUUUGGGUCGGCCAUCAAGUCCUGGUCGAGGAUGAACCGGACGUCUUCACUGUCCUUGAGCAGUUACCAUCUGCAGACCGAAAGGCAGCCACAGCCCCUUCGGCACCGGUUCAGGCCGAUAACGUCAUCUCAGCAGUCAAGUCUCAAGAUGCUGUACUUCAAGACAACAAACCCAUGUACGAGAUGUUCAUGAUGGGCAUGUUGACGAACGGAGGUGCCAUGGAUGCGGCACGCAUCACAAUGAUGAUGAAGAUGGUCGUUCCAGGCGGAUAUAACUUUGGCGAGGACGAAACGAGAUGGUUGCUUUCUGGCAUGGAGGAGCAAGGCAAGGUUGUCGUCAAUGGCAGCAACUACUCCAUAAAAAAAUAA